AUAGAAAAGCAUGAGGAUUAUUCACUGUGGACUUCAUGGAUGAGAGAAGGGAGAACAAAUUACAUGUAUACUUUUUCUUUUAUUGAUAAAGUUUAUGGUUGUUCUUGAGCAUCUUAACUGUGAUGGGGAUAGGCUACACACCGCGUGCUGGACUACAGUUUCUUACUAAAGUGUGCUGAAUAACUAGCCUAUAAGUCAGGGGUCUAGAGCUUUUCUAUCGUAUCUUUUUUUUUUUAAAGCUGUGACUUCAACAAAUGAUCUGAAUUGUUGGCAACUAACUAUUACACAUCUCAUAUUUUUUUUUAUCAAUGUCACUUUUUGUGUAAGAAUGUUUACUCGCCUUAUGGAAUUAACGGAUUGUAAAUCAUGACGAUGACUCGUUAUGUUUUACCUGGUGCUUAUUUUAAGAUAUCAUUGCCGCACACCAAGAGAUAUUUUCAACUUUAAUAUUCUUCACACAGUGAACUGGGGCUUAUAAGGAUCGCACCUCGACGCCCAUCAGACAAAUUUUACAACGGACAGACACUUGUGGCUUUGGACUUAAAAACGUCUGAUGUGAAGGAUCGUACGGCUGUUGAUGCAUUAAAACGCAGCUAAAAUUUAUAAACGACUUUCCUGGUUUUUAUGUUUCUGUCGCCUUGUUUGUUCACUCCACGUUUUCCUGCUUCGGGCACUUUAGAAGACAUUGCAAAUCAAUGAAACAGAUCAUGGCGAUAGAUAUAAUAUCAUUUAAUAAUCACACGGCAGGAGAGACUCGUUUUGCAACGUUGUGAGAGGAAAUCGUCCUUAACUGGGCUCUCCUUAAAGUAAUCGAUACUCUGUUUCUUGCUUACGAAGAGAUGAAAGCCGCCCGCAUCAUCUCGUAGAUGAUUUGUCGAUGGGAGUUGCGAUCAUCGGAUUCCACUGAGGUCUUACGUUGUUGUCUUCUUCAUCCUCGAGCAACUUCAGAGAAGUGAAGAUGAUGAUGCUCCUCAGCCCAGCUGGGCUUGUGUUAUUUAUGCUUUGCAGAGUUGUCGACAGCAGGAUGCUGCUAGACGGAUUGCAGAGAUUUGGCACCAGUCCUACGUACCUUCCGGUCCGAUACCAGGUACUGAACGCAGAGUCGGCCUUCUUCCUUAAGGAGGCCAACCAGGACAUUAUGAGAAACUCCAGCCUGCAGGCUCGUACAGAACUUUUCUUCAUCCAGCAGGCCAGAAAGACUCCUUCUGUAAAUGCCAGUUAUGGACCUUUGUUUGUGGAACAGCCGGUGCCCGUUGAGCUUCUGGGGCCGGGACUUUUCAACAACCCUGCAUCUACAUCCUCGUCAUCUUCUUCCUCCCCCCUUUUUAGUUUUAACUGGAAAGUCCAGACUUUCAUUAUCAGCGAGCGAAUACACCCCAGCUGGCCGAAGGUGCAGGUCCUCUUCUACGUAGUGGGCCGAGACUGGGAUGACUACAGUGCCGUCGACAGAUUGCCCUGCGUCAGGAUGUUUGCUUUCCAUGAGACCCAGGAAGUAAGAGGAACUUGUCGUUUGAAAGGGGAACUCGGACUGUGUGUGGCAGAGCUGGAGCCGUUGGCGAGCUGGUUCAGUCCGCCUAGCAUCAUACCGGGUCGACAGAAAACACCUGAACAGGUGGAAGGCACCCCAGUGGAGUUGUAUUAUAUGUUACAGUCCACAGAUACUGGCGAAUGUAGCUCAGAGGACUCCCGCAAGACCAAUUCUAUCCGCCCUGGGCAGCUGGGCCCAGCUGGUUACUUCUCAGGACCUACACCCAUGCGCAGGAUCGGCAGCGUACGGCUGUUUCAGCCGCUCUCUGAGUUUCGUCUGGACAAUAACUUUGUGGUGAUGGUGCCCUCCAGACCCAUCAGGCAGAGGGAGACAGUGUCGGCUUUCCUUGCGGUCUCCACUCUUUCUUCUGUCGAGAUCUUCACUUUAAAGGUCAGUCUGAAGGACGGUGUGGCAUUUUUGGGGGCGAGAGCUAGCAACCCCGUUCAGUGGACAAUCAGUCAGGAUGUACGGAGCGAGGGACACAGAGUGGUCACCCUGCACUGCCGCAGAAAGGAAGCCAACUUUGGAAAAAGGGUGGAGGCAGGCUUCCAGAAGGUUCUCCAGGUGGAUUUGGAAGUAAACGGGUUGCUGGAUCCCCUGGGCAGUCGCUCGUUGACUUGGCAGAUCGAGUACCCCAUCUCUCGAACCCUCUCAGAAGAAAUUCAAACCCUCAUUCGGCUGGCACCACAUGACCUCGGGGGUAUCGUGCCACUGGCUAUGGAAACAGAAAUCCUUAACACUGCAGUGCUCACGGGAAAGACCGUUGCCAUGCCAGUGAAGGUGGUCACCGUUGGAACAGAGGGUACGGUGACCGACGUGACCGAAUCUGUGGAGUGUCGCUCGACAGAUGAAGAUGUGGUUAAGGUAUCCGAAAGGUGUGAUUACGUGUAUGUCAACGGUAAGGAGACGCGUGGAAGAGUGAGGAUGAUGGUGAACUUCACCUACAGUUACCUGAGCUCUCAGCUGGAGAUCAGUGUCUGGACGCCUCGGCUACCUCUGCAGAUCGAGAUGUCCGAUCCGGAGCUCAGUCAGAUCAGGGGCUGGAGGGUUCCUGCAGAUACUGCCAGCCAAAGAUCCGGGCCAGGAGAAGAUGAUGUGGAUGAAACGGUGAGGAAGGAUCGGGGCUGUGGUCCACAGUACCAGAGCACCACAGUCCGUGUCCUCACACACUUUGAGGCAGAACCGGAGGAGUGGCAGGGCCAGCCAGACUUCCUCCUGGGCAGCGAUUGGCAGGUGGAUGUUACUGAGUUGGUGAGGGAUUCAUUGAAGGUGGAAGAUGAACGUGUGGCCAGGCUCUCGGAAGAACAGGUCCUCAUCGGUCUGAACACAGGCACCACUAAAAUCCAGGUGAAGUCUCCGUUGUCAGACUCAGUUCUGGCUGAGAGGAUUAUCCGGGUUGUGGAUGAUAAAGUUAGUAUUACGGAGUUGGGAGUGCAGCUGGUCUCCGGUCUUUCACUGAACCUCCAGCUCAGCCCAGGAAGCAACCGGGCCAUCGUUGCCACAGCUACCACACAGGAGACCUUGCACAACCCCAACCAGGAGUCUCUUGUCAGCGCAUGGCUUCAGUUCAGUGACGGCUCCAUGACCCCACUUGACCUUUACAACCCUGCUCAUUUCGUCCUAACGGCGACCUCGCUGGACGACCAGGUGCUGUCUGUGAAAAAAGACAACAGGUGGAGGCCGGUGGUGGUGGCUAAGGGUGAAGGGCAAGGCAUGCUGGUCCGGGUGGAGAUGUAUGGACCGGAAUCGUGCCUUAAAACCAAACGCCGAACAGUUUUGGCUGCAGGCAACGCCAACGUCCAUGUGAAGUUCAGCCGAGGUGAGGAAACAGGAAACAGUGCGAGUGACAGGAGAUACAGACCCAAUGCCCCAUAUUAUGGAGGAUCUAUCUCCGAUAUGGAUGCUGGAAUAAUGAGCAGAGGAGCGACCACCAUCAAAACCGGCAUUUCCGGGAAAGCCAGCGGUGAUAGGCUCUCAGCCGGUGACAUUCCAGUCGAUUUCGCCGAGUUCCCAGCCCAGGCAGACCUUCCCACUGGACGCAACAUGGAAGAGGACCUUCUGCAGACCCGUCGUGGCCUCACCGACCUAGAGAUAGGCAUGUACGCCCUACUAGGGGUCUUCUGCCUGGCCAUCCUCGUAUUUUUAAUCAAUUGUGUCUCAUAUGCCUAUAAGUACCGUAACAAACAGCUCCCACUGGAGGGCCAGGAGACCAUGGCUCAUGCCCAUGACUGGGUUUGGUUGGGCCAUGAUGCUGAGCUGUUGGAAAGCCAAGCAGGAUUGUGUUUGGACCAGGAGGAACUAGGUGGCACCAUGGACUCCGGGUUGGGUCUGGAAGAAGGCAGCCAGCUUCUCAACGGUCUGUCAGCUCAGAAGAGCGUGCAAGGACAGGUCCACAGGUCCAUAUCGGACUCUGGAUGUGCUGGACGGGAUCACAAGAGCGAAUCGUUGAACUCGCCCACCACCAAAAGGAAACGGGUGAAGUUUACCACUUUUAGCCACAGCAAACCCAGCAAUGGAUGCCCAUCUAUAAGCCCGCUUCUGAUUGGUCAGAAUGACAUCAAAUGGGUUUGCCCAGAUAUUGAGCUCGGGGACUCCAAAGAGCUCCGAAAUUAUAUGGAAAGGUUAAAUGAGAACGCUACUAAAAAUAUUGCAUAGUGGGGGUUGUAGUUAUAUAUUUAUGUAUUUUUCGGACAAGUGUAGCUCACCCAUAUGCCUUCUGGGUAAGGUGGCGGUGGUUUGGGGGUGGGGGGGUGUUGGCCUGACUCUACUGCAAUCAGACAGACCCACAUCUCACCAUGAAAAGACAAGCCAUUCAUCUGGUCUUGUUUCCAUGGCAACUGUCAUGAGGGUUCAUCAUCAGGAUAGAAGGAAAACAGAGAUGGCUAUGAAACUACUGAGGAUGUAAAACCAUGAGAACACUGGAGUAUGAGAUAUUGUGGCUAUAUUUUCGUUUUGCCGAAGAAGAGGAUAUUUCAUUUUUAUAUUACAAGUUUUGUUUUCCUUAACACGCUGAAUGCUUGGUGGUGGCAUACUUUCUAGUAAGUGGAUAUCAAACUACAAACAAAGAAGAGUUGACAGUUAAACAUAUCAGUAGCAGGUUGGAACCUGAAGCAUUUCCAUGAUGAUGAUGAUGAUGAUGAAGAUGAUGGGAGACCACAUUUUGUAAGAUUUUACAUAUUUUUAUACAUCUCCCCUCCUUGUCCACGUUAGUGUCUAGCUACUUUAUUUCUUCAAAGUCUUAACUUACAUAUGUAAAUGCAUGUGAAUUGAAAAUUCAAGGACAAAUAUUUUGGGACUUUUGUCCAGCAACAGUGUGUGAAUGAUCAUGUAUAUACUGUGAAGCAGAGACUUCUGGGAAACGGGCAGACAAAUGACCCUCCACGAGCCGUUGAGCAAAUUGUAUUGUUGUAGGUAGUGUUAUCAAUAUUGUAUAAUACGUUGUUUACAGUAUUAGAAUGAUAGAUGGUAUGCACUCCAAUUGCUUUUGUAUGUGCGCCAAAGCUGUGCAUUGCCUCUUUGUCAAACUUUUUCUUUGUCUUUCGGUUUUGCUUUGCUGUUUUUUUAAUGUACAGUGCACAUGUAGCAAACACUUGCAACUCGUUAAACAGGUAAAAUCUCUUCUAUUCAGUUAAACAUCCUUAUGACUAACCUAAAGCUUAGGUUAAAGUGGAUUGGAUUGGUUUGGCAUUUAAUCCUUAGGUACACUCUUAAAAAUAAAGGUGCUUCACAAGAACCUUUUUUGGUUCCACAAAGAACCAUUUAGUCAUAGGUUCUAUAAAUACAUUUUUGAUACAUUUUUAUUAUCUGAAGAACCCUUUUUCACCGUUAAGAACUUUUUGUGAAACAGAAAGGUGCUUCAGAUGUUAAAGGUGCUUUAGAGAACCAUUUAGACAAAAAAGGUUCUUCUAUGGCAUCGUGAAGCAUCUUCAUUUUUUAAGAGUGUAACGUGAAUAACGCACAAGACAAUUUUAUACUGUAAGUAUACUAAUUAGACCAAAACAUCUGUAUUAGUGUACGUCAGGGUGAUUCUCGCGAAAUUAGACUUAUGAGGUGCAUUAAACAUUUUGAUAAAAAAGUAAAUGCAAAGUAAGAUUAUCAUAAUAAGAAGCAUACAGUUACAAACAUCUCUUCAUGUACUAUUUUGCACAUGAUUUUUAUAUGACAUCAU